ACGUCAGACCGCGGAGUAAAAUCGCCGAGUCAUUUGACUGGUGGAGUUUGACGUGAUAGCUGCUUGUAAGUUAUUUAUUGCAAAGUUGAGUGUAGCGCCCGAAGCACGUCGUGUUCUAUAGAUCUCCACAAUGGAUCGCUUACUGAGGCUAGGAGGAGGUCUUACUGGUCUCGGACAGAAUCCACCAGCGAGCGAUGGACCCGUGGUUGACACAGCGGAACAAGUUUACAUCUCAUCACUGGCUUUACUCAAGAUGCUGAAACAUGGCAGAGCUGGUGUACCAAUGGAGGUUAUGGGUCUCAUGUUGGGGGAAUUUGUGGAUGACUACACUGUCAGAGUAAUUGAUGUCUUCGCUAUGCCACAGUCAGGAACGGGUGUAAGUGUAGAAGCAGUGGAUCCCGUCUUCCAAGCCAAGAUGUUGGAUAUGCUCAAACAGACUGGACGGCCCGAGAUGGUUGUCGGCUGGUAUCACUCCCAUCCUGGCUUUGGCUGCUGGCUCUCGGGUGUUGACAUAAACACGCAACAGAGCUUCGAAGCACUCUCAGAACGUGCCGUGGCUGUUGUUGUGGAUCCUAUCCAAAGCGUCAAAGGAAAGGUUGUCAUCGAUGCAUUCAGACUGAUCAAUCCCAAUAUGAUGGUUCUCGGUCAGGAACCUCGUCAGACAACUUCCAAUCUGGGACAUCUCAAUAAACCCUCCAUUCAGGCCCUGAUUCAUGGCUUAAAUCGUCACUACUACUCAAUAUCCAUCAACUACAGAAAGAAUGACCUAGAGCAGAAGAUGCUGCUCAACCUCCACAAAAAGAGCUGGACGGAUGGACUGACGUUGCAGGACUAUGACCAACACUGCAAAGUGAAUGAGAACACUGUGACAGAAAUGUUGGACUUAGCAAAGGCAUACAACAAGUCACUCGAAGAAGAAGACAAAAUGACUCCAGAGCAGUUAGCGAUCAAGAAUGUGGGAAAACAGGAUCCCAAGCGGCACUUGGAAGAGAGAGUGGAUGCCCUGAUGACCUCAAACAUAGUUCAGUGCCUGGGUGCCAUGUUGGACACUGUUGUCUUCAAGUAAUCAUUGGAAAAAAAAAUCCGUCACACGUGUUGGA